GUUGUCCUGUUGUGUGAUUCUCAAGUUCUUGUGCGUUUUCCAUUGAUAUCGACAAGAUGCGUGGUUUGAAUUCCCUAGCAGUUUUGCUUGCUGCCUCUGUUACUUCAGUGGUAGCUAUUUUGCCACAUCACGAAGCCCAUGCAAAAUAUGCAAAAAGAGCACAGCCAAAGAAAGUUCUCCCCAGGCAACCUGCAGUGAGGCCAAGAUCGAUCUCGAAGUAUUUGACAAAUUCAACAGCUUCUUUUGCUGUUAAUGGAACUGGACUACCCGAGAUCGACUUUGAUCUUGGUGAAUCAUAUGCCGGAACUCUACCUAUCAGCACCAAUGCUAGUGACACAAAUCGAUUGUGGUUUUGGUUCUUUCCAUCCGAAAACCCUUUGGCGGAAAAGGAGAUCACAAUAUGGUUAAAUGGCGGUCCAGGAUGUUCCUCCCUCGACGGACUGUUUCAAGAAAACGGACCGUUCAGUUGGCAAUCUGGGACAUAUGCACCUAUCCCAAAUCCAUACUCAUGGACCAACUUGACCAAUAUGAUCUGGAUCGAUCAACCAGUCAGCACUGGAUACUCACCCGGAGAUAUCCUUGUUGACGAUGAAAUCGAUGUUGGAAACCAGUUUGCCGCAUUCUGGAAGAAUUUCAUUGAUACCUUUAGCAUGCAAGGCUACAAGGUUUACAUCACUGGUGAGAGUUAUGCUGGACAAUAUAUUCCAUACAUUGCUAGUAACUUUUUGGACCGCAAUGAUACCACAUACUACAAUUUGAAGGGUAUUCAGAUCAAUGAUCCAUCGAUCAACGAUUUCGAUACAAUGGGUUCAGCCCCUGUUACAGCUGCAGCUCUGUACUAUCAAAAUGUUCUCAACCUGAACGAUACCUACAUUGCAAACAUUACUGCACGAGCAAAGUCUUGCGGUUACACUGACUUCCUCGAAUACGCAUCAGUAUUCCCUCCCGCAGGACCAAUCCCAACAGCGCCAAGCUCAGGAGAAUAUGGCUGUGACCUUUACGAUGACAUUUCCAACGCAGUCUACUACGUCAACCCAUGUUUCAAUAUCUAUCAUCUCACAGAUUAUUGUCCAUUCUUAUGGGAUGAACUCGGGUUCCCAUCUCUCGGUGGAGGUCCCAACAACUACUUCAACCGUACCGAUGUCAAAGAAGCCCUCCAUGCGCCAGUUGACGUUGAUUACUUCAUCUGUGCUGGUGGACCCAACUUAUUUCCACAUGGUGAUAAAUCCAUUGAUUCUGCUCUCGGUCCUCUCCCCUCCGUCAUCGAACGCACAAACAAUGUUCUCAUCGGUCACGGACUUCUCGAUUUCCUCCUUUUCGCCAACGGUUCUCUAAUCACCAUCCAAAACAUGACCUGGAACGGUCUUCAAGGAUUCCAAGAAGCUCCGUCUUCGACCCAAAACUUCUACGUCCCAUACCAUGAGUCCCUCGGUGAAAUUCUCUCUAUCGUGAAUGAUGCCAUUCCCAACGCACCUCCACAGUAUGAUACCGCAGGCGCGGGAUACCAGGGAACUUGGCAUACGGAGAGAGGACUCACGUUCUCCACGGUCAACUUAGCGGGUCACGAGAUUCCUCAAUAUACUCCUGGGGCGGGCUAUAGACAUUUGGAGUUCUUGUUGGGGAGAAUUGCUAAUUUGAGUGUAGUGGGUGACUAUACGACGCAGACGGGAAAUUUCACAGGGGUUAGUGCGCCGUUGAAGAUGAGGGGUUUGUACUGAGGCGAUGAGAUGAUGAAAUAAUGAAUGUGGGAAAGUUGGGGAUGUUAAUGAUAGUAUACUCGCGCGUCUAUAUGAAGUCUACGGACAUGACAUUCAAAAAUAUAAAUAGACGUCACAUGGAGAUCUCAGAACACGUUAGUUAGU